AUGACUCCCUCAAUGGAAGUGUCGGUCGAGCGUCGUAUGCUGAACCUGUACGCCUUUGGGAUGCAAAGACGGGAGCUUACGGACUUCAUCACCCACUUCUCCUUUGUCAUCAACGCUUUGAAUAGAUCAUUCAGUGGUGAUGGGCUCUCCUUCUUCAUUGCACCACUGGAGUCAAGAAUCCCUAACAAUUCAGGUGGUGGGUAUCUUGGACUGUUUAGUCCGGAAUCUGCUUUCAACUCUUCCUUGAAUAAAAUUGUUGCAGUUGAGUUUGACAGUUUCAAAAAUUCAUGGGAUCCAAGUGGUGAUCAUGUUGGAAUCAAUAUAAACUCCAUUGUCUCAGCAGCAAAUGCCAUAUUGGCAGGGAGCAUAAAGAAUGGAUCAAUAGCAAAUGCAUGGGUUAGUUAUAACUCAAUCACCAAAAAUUUGAGUGUUUUCCUAACUUAUGCUGAUAAUCCAAUCUUCAACGGGAAUUCUAGCCUUUCAUAUAUUGUCGAUUUGAGAACUUUUUUGCUGGAAUGGGUUAGAGUUGGUUUCUCCGCAGCCACAGGUGAUCAAUCGAUGGAGUUUCAUACAAUUCGUUCUUGGUCGUUCAAUUCAAGUUUGGAGGCAUAA